AUGCCUCAGAACGAGUACAUGGAGAGGUGGCGCAAGCUGCACGGCCGCCGCCUCGAUCAUGAAGAGCGACUGCGCAAGCGGACGGCUCGCGAGGGCCACAAGGCGUCCCAGGAUGCGCAGAACCUGCGCGGCCUGCGGGCCAAGCUCUACCACAAGAAGCGACACAACGAGAAGAUACAGAUGAAAAAGGCCAUCAAGGCGCACGAGGAGCGCAACGUCAAGACGGCCGACGAGAAGGAGCCGUCGACGCCCAUGCCAUCGUACCUGCUCGACCGGACGAACCCCACGACGGCCAAGGCGCUGAGCAGUGCCAUCAAGAACAAGCGAGCCGAGAAGGCGGCGCGAUUCAGCGUGCCGCUGCCCAAGGUCCGCGGCAUCAGCGAGGAGGAGAUGUUCAAGGUCGUCAAGACGGGCAAGAAGAUCCAGAAGAAGGCGUGGAAGCGGAUGGUGACGAAGCCGACGUUUGUCGGCCAGGACUUCACCCGCCGCAACCCCAAGUACGAGCGCUUCAUCCGGCCCAUGGGCCUGCGCUACAAAAAGGCCAACGUCACCCACCCGGAGCUCAACGUGACCAUGACGCUGCCCAUCAUCGGCGUCAAGAAGAACCCGCAGAACCCCAUGUACACCCAGCUCGGGGUCCUGACCAAGGGCACCAUCAUCGAGGUCAACGUCAGCGAGCUCGGCCUCGUGACGGCGGGUGGAAAGGUCGUCUGGGGCCGUUUUGCCCAGAUCACCAACAACUGCGAGAACGACGGCUGCGUCAACAGCGUGCUGCUCGUCUGA